UGUCAUAUCCAAUAAUUCCAGAUUUUUUGCUUUUCCGACCUUUAAAUAUUGAGCAAAAGACCGGUAGAGAGAAAAUUGUCUCACGUUUGUUGUUGUUCAGUUCCCCAUUCUUUCGCUGAAUCAAGAUCUACGCCGUUAUUAAGAUUUAUAAGAAAGUAUGGAAUCAAGCCGUCAAGGUGGUGGAAUCCAACAACUCCUAGCUGCAGAACAAGAAGCUCAGCACAUUGUCAAUGAGGCUAGAAAUUUAAAAACAGCUAGGUUGAAACAAGCCAAAGAAGAGGCUGAAAGGGAGAUCGCUCAAUACCGUGCUCAAGUGGAAGCUGACUUUCAGAGAAAACUCGAAGAGACUAGUGGGGAUUCAGGUGCUAACGUAAAGCGUCUUGAGCUCGAAACUGAAGCAAAGAUUGGCAACCUAACUGGAGAGUCUGAGAGGAUAUCCAGUGAUGUUGUUCAGAUGCUCUUAAGGCAUGUGACAAGCGUGAAAAACUGAAGUGUUUGUUGGAGGAAUAACUUAUUUUCCUUGUUAUUUAUUCAGUGAGCUUAUUAAGUAUCUGUCGUAUUAUAUUUGUAAUAGUUAUUCGAUUCCUGUUCUUUGCCAAAUAAAUGACUUGCAGGAAUCUUUAGAAAAAAAAUUCUUGAUACCUAGUUUGUGCAUUGAGCUGUUGCUUAUACGUUAAAAUCGAUUUUGCA